GUCUGUAUACGGCGGUACAUUGAGAAAGCGGUAAGACGAAAUUUUGGAAGUCUUUUCCACGCUUGUAUAAACCGUUACUCUGUCCAUACCUCAGACGUAGUUGACGAACGAUGGACGGAAAAGAGGAGAGAGUGCAGUCAGCUGCCGCGUUCAAGUCUUAUAUGUUGAAAAACAGCACAAAGAGCAACCUGAACCUUUAUGACCACCUCACUCGCUUGCUGACGAAGUUGAUGGAUGAGCAGCCACAAAAUCCAGUGGAUGUGAUAGAGGAUAUAAGCAGUGAUGUAAAACGGGGUUUGUUAGAAGAGAUGCAGAGCACUCUGCAAGAUCUUCCAGAGACUACAGCUGAUGUGGAGCUGGCUAAGCAACAGCGCCUGCUCUUUACUCGGCCAAAAGAUGUGGAUCACGAGGAGGAACUGGUGGAAACACCUCUUCCUAAUGUGAGUGAGUUGAGCUUCUACCUGGAGCAGGCUGGAGUGGGUUUGGGCAGAGAGGAGAUGCAGAGAAUUUUUCUUGCUCUCAAGCAGCUUGUUGAGUCACAGCUGCUGUUGCAAUGCCGACUAUGGGGCAAAAUUUUGGGAACAGAGAACAGCUAUAUUGUUGCUGAAGCUGUUGUUGAAGGGGACGACCAUAGCAUCGAUGAACCAGCUGAAGAAGAGGAGCGAGAGGCUGAUACUCAGGAGAAUGAGAUAGAUCAACUUCCUCAGUCGACCUAUAAACCCCUAUCAGUUGUGCCAAAGGAAGCCACAGGAACAGGUGCUAAUAAGUUUGUUUACUAUGUGUGCAAUGAGCCUGGUCUUCCUUGGGUAAAGUUACCUUCCGUCAGUCCUGCACAGAUCACUGCUGCUCGACAGAUCCGCAAAAUUUUCACUGGGAAGCUGGACACCCCAAUUGUGAGCUACCCACCUUUUCCUGGGAAUGAAGCUAACUAUUUACGAGCACAAAUUGCCCGAAUCUCUGCUGGCACACAAGUAAGCCCUCAGGGCUUCUACCAGGUUCUAGAGGAAGAAGGUGAUGAGGAAGAUGAAGUAUCCCAGAGCAACUAUGAACCAAAUCCAGACUUUGAGGGUAUUCCAGCUGCUGAAAUGGCUGAGUCUUUGUCUAACUGGGUGCAUCAUGUUCAACACAUCUUGCUGCAGGGUCGCUGUACAUGGGUGAACUUGGCAGUAAAACCAGGAGAGGAAUCUAAUGAGGAGGGAGAAGCUGAUGAGAAGGAAGAAGAGCCUGAUGAGCCAGAGCCAGAGGUUGGACCCCCUAUGUUUACACCUAUCUCCCAAGAUGCAGAAAUGUUCAACACUCCUCCCUGGAGCCUUAGUUUGUCCUCCACACUAACAUCUCAGCAUGCAGUAGCAGUGCUGCGUUCUAACCUCUGGCCAGGCGCAUAUGCGUAUGCCUGUGGAAAGAAGUUUGACAACAUAUAUAUUGGAUGGGGUUUAAAGUAUACUGGAGGAGGGUAUACCCCACCUGUCCUCCCACUGCCACAGAAAGAAUAUCCUAGUGUUCCCGAAAUCACAGAGGCCUUGGACCCAUCAUUGGAGGAGGAACAGACCCUGAAAGAAGCUUUAGAGGAGCAACAGGCUGUCCGAGAGGAAAUGGAGGCGACAGAAGAGGAGGAAGAAGAGGAUGACUGAGUAAAAAGUUGACAUUAAAUUAAAAAGAAAAAAGAUAUGCAA